AUGGCAGCCCCCGAGCUGAAUGGAACUGGUCCCCUAAAGAUACUUGACGGGGAUCUCGACCCCCGUUGCGUAUGCGAAUGCAAACUGUAUGCCGACGCAAGCGUGGAAGCUUACCAGAGAAUGCUCGAUAAUGCCACAGAUCAUAAGGUCAUGGAGGAAUCAUCGAUGAAAAAGCUGCGAGUGAUGACUCAAGCUAUAAUCCAUGUGCUCCAUGCGCGCCAUGAUUUCGAGAAACUCAAGGCAAAGGCAUGCUUUGGCAUCAAGGAGCCUGAAUCAGGAACAGUCGUCACAUCGAGAGUUGUUGCCGUCUACGUUGACUUCCCUCCAAGUGCAGGCACAGACGUCGAGGAAAGGUUCGAGGGCGUUGAAGAUUCGGAGUUGGAACGUGAUGGAUUCUUCAGUAAUCUUCAUGGUAUUCUGACACGAAACACCAUUAAAGCUCUGGCGGAUCUCGGGAACGAUUAUUUAUAUCGUGAAUGCUACUUCUCGGUGAGAGUCCCAUCCAAAAGCAUAUUCCUGGGGAACAUUAGCAGGGCUCGGAAUGGGGGAUUCAAAAUCGACGAAAUCAGUACCGAGACAGACAGAGUUAUCGACAUGGAGAUCAUGACCAACUGGACUCAUCCACAGUAA